UUUCUUUUUUCAACUCUUUACAAUUCGUCUUCGUUCCCUGCCCCGAUUCGACUCUUCCCUGUAUCAUCAGAGUUCUUCACCGUCCCCGAUCAGCUACUCUCCGACGAACUCCCAAUCGGAAGCAUACAUCUCACCGCAUCGGAGAGGAGGAGGAGGAGGAGGAGGAGAAUUUGGAACCUGUCGGGAUGCCGAGAGCUCGAGCGCAACGCAGAGCCAGCAACCAGAUCGAGAAGAUGAAGAAGGUGAUGACCAUGGACCCUUCCAUUUGGGGGCGCCUCCCCGACGAGCUCCUCGACCGCAUCAUCGCCUUCCUCCCCCUCCGCACCAUCCUCGCCCUCCGCCCCACCUGCCGCCGCUUCCGCUCCUUCCUCUCCUCCCCGGCUUUCCUCUCCCUCCUCCACUCUCAGUACUCACCUUCCUACCUCCUCCUCUCCCACCCCCAGUUCUCCGACCGCUGCCUCCCUAUCUACGACUCCGUCGCCGACCAGUGGCGCUCCGUCUCCCUCCCCUCUUCCUUCGCCGAUGCCUGCUCCCCCUCCUCCGUUCUCCUCUCCUCCGCUUCCGGUCUACUCUGCUUCUCCCUCGGUCGCUCCGCCCUUCUUGUCGCCAACCUCCUCACCAGCUCCUUAAAGAUCCUGCCUUUGCCAGUCUACUCCGCCUCCUCCCCCUCCGCUGUCACACUCGUCUCCUUCCCCUCCCCUUCCAACUCCAAACGUGGGUACAAGAUCUUCCUCCCUUCCGACUCCGCCGAUGCAGUCUUCCUCUACGAUUCUGCUUCCCUCGCCUGGACCCGCUUCUCGGGCUUCGAAUCCGUCCUCCGCCGUGGCAAUCCCCGCCAAGCCGGCGCCUUCUUCGAGGCCUCGCUCUAUUUCACCACCCCCGAGCCCUUCUCCGUGGUGGGAUUCGACCUCCGCAGCGGCUCCUGGGAUAUCGAUGCGGCGCCCGCCCUUCCCGAGGACAUGGCGUUUGUCCGGCUAGUGGGCGGCGGCGGCCGGCUCUACCUCGUCGGCGGGGUCGGAAGGGAUGGAAUCUCCAGGAGCUUGAAGAUAUGGGAGCUGGUGGGGAGGGCUUGGGAGGAGCUGGGGCGGCUGCCGGAUAUGAUGUGCCGGAAGUUUGUGUCGGUGUGCUACCACAACUAUUCCCACGUGCAGUGUCUGUGGCACGAGGGCCUGGUGUGCGUCUGCUGCACCACCUGGCCGGAGGUGCUGUUCUACAGGGUGGCGAGGGCGACAUGGCAUUGGCUGCCAAGGUGCCCCAUGCUGCAGGAGAAGUGGAGUUGCGGCUUCCAUUGGUUCUCCUUCUCUCCUGACCUCUUUGCUCUUGUUUGACUACUAGACACUUCGAUUAGGGCUUUUUCUUUUCUGUAAGAACCAAAUGCUUGAUGAAAUUGACUAAACCGAUUGCAAUUUUCUUCUCAUAUUUGUUCUUUUGCAUGUACAGUUAAAGCUUCUCCUAUUCCUCACUUGUAUGAGACUUCAAUUUUUUUA